AUGUCGGUCAAUCCCCAGGCACUACAAAAGCUUCUCAUGGAGAUGGACAGCCAGCUCAACAAGUCUAGAGCUGAACUCUCCAUGUGUAAUCUUCAGUUGGAGAGGACAGUAACCAACUUGAAUAUCAUCCAAAAGACACAAAAGGACCUUAGUGGGCUCUGUAAGAACAAUGAAGGCGUGUGGGAAGGCGUUGGAAAGACUUUUGUUCAAGUACCGGUGUCAGAUUAUCUCCAAACCAUCGAGGCUGACGAGAAGGAAUUCACCGAUUCCAAGCUGAGUUUGGAAAAGAAGAAAGCGUACUUGGAAACCACAUUGGAAAAGACCAUCGAUAACAUGACACAAUUGGUGGGAAAGAAAUGA